UAUACUUGUAUAGCCUAAUACUACUAGUGAUUUACAGGUAUUAAAUGAUACGAGAAUGUGUUUAACAGUGGAACAAAAGUUAAUAUGUUCAAUAAUUCCACCAUUAGCAUUUUCUGCACACAAGGGACAGGCGGGCAGAAUUGGAAUCAUUGGAGGUUCACGAGAAUAUACUGGAGCUCCGUAUUAUGCAGGUAUUUCAGCCUUAAAAACAGGGGCCGAUUUGUCUCAUAUUUUUUGUACAAGUACAGCAGCUACUUCAAUAAAGUCGUAUAGUCCAGAACUGAUUGUACACCCUGUGUUGGACAGCUUUAAUGGCCAUGAAGAAAUUUCUUCAUAUCUUCCAAGAUUUCAUGCUCUUGUCAUUGGCCCAGGACUUGGGAGAGAAGAAAACACAUUCAUCGUAAUGCAUAAGGUUGUUGAAAAAGCGAAAGAAUUACAGAUGCCAAUUGUGUUUGAUGCUGAUUCCUUAAUAUAUAUAAAUUCACAUCAAGAACUUGUGCAAGGCUAUAAAAAGGCAAUAUUGACCCCAAAUAUUGUAGAGUUUUCUCGACUAUAUAAAGCUGCAUUCAGUUUAGAACCAGAUAUUUUUGUAGAUUUGAAUCAGCAAGUUAAAGAUUUAUCUCAGAGAUUGGGAAACAUUACAAUCGUUUGUAAAGGAGCAGAUGACAUAAUCACAGAUGGUGAAAUAAUAGCUGUGUGCAAGGAGAAAGGCAGUCCACGGCGCUGUGGAGGACAAGGAGACCUUCUCUCUGGUUCUAUGGGAACCAUGAUGCAUUGGGCUCAUAUGACCUAUAAUAGAAAUGAGUCAUUAAAAAUUUCUGACUGGGGACCUAAUAUUUUAGCUGCCCUUGGCGCCUGUAUGUUAACUCGAAGAUGUAGUUAUCUUGCUUUUCAAAAAUGUGCACGAAGUAUGACAACUCAAGAUAUGAUUGCAGAAAUCCAUUCAGCUUUUAUUAGUUUAUUUCCUAUAGAUAGAUUACAUUCACAGGAAUAGAAAUGUUUUUUUCAAAGAAUGUUUUCCAUAAUGGCAUUCCUCAUAGUUAUAACGUGUUUUACGAAAAGUAGACUUUUUCUGAUAUUAGAAAGUUGUAUUCAUCAGUGUUUCUGCUACACAGGUGUUUAUGUACACUUGAAUGUAGAAUAAUGAGAUUGUUCCUACAAGACACACAUUCAGUUCAGCUUUAUUACUUUGCUAACUAUAUAUGAACAGGUACUUGGAAAUGUGAUAAAAGCAUUUGUUUAUAAUGCUUAAUCAUAAAGAAGUACACUAUCCCAAAAGGUGAUAUUCAUUGUAGAUUUAAAACAAAAGAUAUAGAAUACUUUCUUAGGGUAAUACCACAGUCCCAGGCACUUUCCUGUGAACAUGCAAGAGGAAUAGUAAAUUGUAUAAAAUACUGUUGUUGGAAUUUAUUACAUGACAAUAAAAUAUUAAACAUUUGCGUUGCUUUCUGACAUUAUUUUGUGACCUGACAGUUUUUCUGUAUGUUGAGCUGAAAUGAAAGGUCGGUUAAGUAUUGUGUGACAAGGAAAAUUAGAUUACCUGAUUUUCUAUUGUUUUGAAAGCAUAUUGAUUAUUAGUAUUGUUUGUAUCAUUUUCUUUUUCAAGUCUAUUUGUGUGCUUCAAGUUAUUUGAUUUAUAGUUCAGUGUUUGUUUUACCAUCUAAAAUGAGCAGUUUGUUUAUUUCUUAUAACUGAAUGACAAAAAAAAUUUGAAUAUUGUAGUUUGGUAUAGCAGUGAGAGAAAUGGAUUUUUCGAAUGCUUGAUUUUAAUUUAUGAUUUUGUUUUACAAAUAUGCUGAAAUUAAGUAGUUUAAUUUGACACAUACUUUUAUUUUUAAUGGAGAAAACUAUGAAACACUGACUAAUAAAGGCAUUUAACCAAUCAAUAAAUAUUGCAAUAAUUUGAAUGCAGAUGUAACUAUGAAUCUUAAUGUUUAUGUUAAUAAAUAAAUUGAUAACAACCUUUAUUAUUAAAAUAGCUUGACAUCUGCACAAAAGCAUAACUUGUAAAGAACAUUAAUCAGUUUGGUGGAACGUUUUUUUUUUUAUUGCAUAUUCAACUUACUGAAGUUCUUUGGUAACUCAUCACAGCUGUAUGUUUUGUGAAAGCAGCCUGAUUGAUAUACAUCUUAACCUUCAGAAAGCAUUUCAUACAAUGGCAUCAAAGAAUUUAAUUAGAUACUUUGAAUCUCAUGGAAUAUGUGGGAAAAUGGUUUGUAGCAGAAAGUAAAAAGUGGUGAUAAAUUUGUGUGUUUUUGGACUUUUGUUCUCUGCUUUUUUAUGUCAGUAAUUUAAAAUGUUCUUGGACAGUCAAAUUUUUGAAUUUGCUGCUGGUACUAAGCUUUUGCAAGUGAAAGUGGUAUAAAAGAGGUUAAUUAGAUACUUUGAAGCUUACGGAAUUGGUGGAAAGGUUAAGAAACAGAAAAUUGGCUUGUAGUAGAAAGCAAAGAGCCGUGAUAAAUUAGUGUCUGUUUUUUUCACUGCUCUUUUAUAUAAAUAAUUUGUGAAUGUUCUUGGACAAUCAAAUUUCUAACUUUGCUGCUGGUACUAAGAUUUUGCAAGUGAAAUAAUGUUAGCAAUUUAUAGUUUUAGGACAGAAUGUCAAAAGUAACUUAACUACAUAUUGUUUUCACAACUAUAUUUAAAGUUUUUUAAGAAGAUUUCUUCACUAGAAAUGUAUGGAAUAAAGUGGGAAUAAUCAGUUGAGUACUAGUAAUCAUUCGUUUAUGCUACAGAAUUGGAAUAACAUAACAAAAUAUAUGUAUAAAAUAAAUAGGCCACUUUUAUUAAAGAUAUGAAACAAUCA